GCACACCCAACUGGAACUAAUCAGUUCCGACUACUCUCUUAUCUCUACUAUGGAGGAGCCAAACCAAAUCAAAGCAGUGUCGGAAGACGCCAAAGAAAAUAUCGCCGAACGUCUUGGUCUUACAGAGGAGGGCGUAUCUGCAGAUAUAUGUCUAAGGAGCGAAGCUGCGUGUGGAAGCAGUGUGGUCCCAUCUCAAACUCUGUAUAUUGUCAACCCGACAGCAUCGGAAAACAGAAAACCGGAUUGUUAUAAAGUUGGAUUGAAGGGUUACGGAGUGCCACACCAACACCCCCUCUACUCAACUAGCAACUCGGUGUACGGACGCCACGCCCCUCCCCCGGGGCUCAACAAGAAAAGGUUCCCACGCCGGGCCAAGUUCACCACGGACCUCUGCAAGUGUGGGAUCUACGAGGAUUUUCACCUGACCACUGAAGUCGAGACGGAUGUGGUCUACAGGCAAACGUUCGAUGUUUAGCCGUGAGAUAGCAGCCAGAUAGAGAAAAGAGAUGGACUGUAGUUGUAUGGUUUAUAUUAUUACCCUCUUAAGUGUACAGAUCAACUGGAGAUUGUUAGAUUAUUGCACACUGCAUGUCAGGUGAACAGGGGAUGUUGGGUAUUUUUAUACUAAAUAUAGAGCAGAAGAAGUGAGUGAGGUAUCAAAAAUGCGCGUGUGGUUUUAGGGAUGCAAAAAUACUUUCCUCUCUAGCAUUUUUUUUUGUACUGUGUUAAAGGUAAUAUAAUUAUACGUUUAUAAACUUUAGAGAGCUGUUUUUAAAGAGGGGGGUGAGAAAUGUGGGAAUAAAUAUGUUCAUAGUUCUGUCUCCUUUUUUUCCCAUCCUGGUUAUAAAUUAAAUAUGCAAAGAUUAAUUGGCAUAAUCUAUCGCUUGGUAAACUCUAUCUCUUGUUCUACUUUUACAACGUCUAUUUACACAAUGUUUCUGAGAAUGACAUGAGAUUAAUAAAGAGAAAUACGGAAAGAGA